AUGGCGUUGGCGCUGCUGCGGGAUUGGUGCAGAUGGAUGGGCGUGAACGCUCAGCGCUGUCUGCUCGUCCUGGGCAUCCCGGAGGACUGUGCGGAGGAGGAACUCCGGGAGGCCGUGCAGGCCGCCCUGGGGUCCCUGGGCAGAUACCGAAUGCUCGGCGACGUCUUCAGAAAGGAGCUCCGGGCCAGGUGCGCCUUGAUCGAAUUCACUGAAUAUUUAAACCGAAGCUUGAUCCCCCGAAAAAUCGCAGGCAAGGGGGGGCCCUGGACUGUCAUCUUCCUGCCCCAGGCCCCUCAUGCAGAAAUGCCGUAUAGACCCAAUCUCCCUGAACUGCCCCAGGGGCGAGAAGUGGCCCGCAGGGCAGGUGAGGCAGGAGCUGCAGGUGAAGCAGGAGCUGCAGGUAAAGCAGGAGCUGCAAAUGAGGCAGGAGGUGCAGGUGAUGCAGGAGCUGUAGGUGAGGCAGGAGCUGCAAGUCAGGCACAAACUGCAGGUGAAGCAGAAGCUGCAGGUAAAGCAGGAGCUGCAAGUGAGGCAGGAGGUGCAGGUGAUGCAGGAGCUGCAGGUGAGGCAGGAGCUGCAGGUGACUCAGGAGCUGCAGGUGAGGCAGGAGCUGCAGGUGAGGCAGGAGCUAUAGAUGUGGAAGGAGCUGCAGGUGAGGGAGGAGCUGCAGGUGAGGCCACAGCGGCAGGGGAGACCAGGUCCUGGGCCGAGCGCUGGAGGCAGGCCCUGUACCCUCUGCUGGAAAGCACGACCCACCAGGAGCUGAGACGCUUCUCCGGGAGGGCAGAGCCGGGCCUCGGGGAGGAGGCCUUCGAGGGCUGGCUGGAGCACGCCAGCGACGUGCUGUCCCGGUGGCGCCAGGUGUCGGAAACGGAGAGGCGGCGGCUGCUGGAGAGCUUGAGCGGGCCCGCGCUCGACCUGCUGCGCGGCCUCCUGGCGGAAAAGCCCACCCUCCCGGCGCAGGACUGCCUGGCGGCGCUGGCGCAGGUGUUCAGCUACCAGGACACGCGCAUGACGGCGCGGCUGAAGCUCCUCACCUGUGCGCAGCGGCCCCAGGAGAGCCUGUUUGCCUACGUGAUGCGCCUGGAGGGCCUGCUGCAGGCGGCCAUGGAGAAGGGGGCCGUGCACCCCACCAUCGCCGACCAGGUGCGCGCCCGGCAGGUGCUGCUGCGCGCUCGGCCCAACGCCACGCUCCGGAGCCAGCUGCAGCGGCUGCGUCUGGAGAGGAGGCCCCCCGGCUUCGUGGAGCUGCUGCGGCUCGUGCGGGAGACCGAGGCCUGGGAAGCCGCCCUGGCCAGGGGCGAGCAGGGCCAUGCGGAGCAAUGGCUCUGGGUCUCCGGGGAAGACCUGGGCACCGCCCAAGCCGCGCCUGCCAGUGGAGACGCCGCCCAGGUCGCCACGACCACUGAGGAAGAUGCAAAUGCUCCUGGCCCUGCGGGCAUGGAUCAGGCAGGGCCGGCAGAGACCCCCGUGGCCAGUGGGGGCACCGCCCGCCCCAGUUGUCCCCCGGAGACCCCGAGCCGAGUCCCAGGAGAGGCGGGAAGGAUGGCCGAGGGUCUGGCCGGCCCUCAGCCGUGAGGCGGAAGGAGGGACGGACCUGGAGCCGGGGCUGCGCGAAGCUCCGCGGGGACUGUGCUUGAAGUCCCACCCUGUCGUCAUUUGUGACUCAGUUUCCUCGACGUGGUGCUGUUCUCUGCUGUUUCCCAGUGUCCCUCUGUGAUCCCCUGCGAGUGCACA